AUGAAAAAUGGAUAUGGUAACACUGCCGAAGCGAUCAAAUUUAUAGUUUUCAAGUCGAUUUAUAAUGUCGGUAACCAUCUAAAAUGUUUGUGUUGAACAUGUUUUGCAAUUUGAUAUCUUUUAUCAAAUAAUUCCUAAAAAUUUUCAUGUCUCGGCAAAUUUCCUAUUUUUUGUGUUUUACUGAAAACAAAAAAAAAUAUUAAAAAAAAGGAAUAAAAGUUUUUACAGUUGCGAAAAAAAUAGAAAAAAAUAUGCCUUGGCUAAACGAAUGUUUACCACUGUAUAAGUCAAGCUACACGACACUGCGCUAUUAUGGAUACGUAUCCCGAUACGUAUCUGAGAAGCAAGCUCUGUUACAGUUUGGAAGUAACGACAAAGAUAAUAAACACAGUUGUGGCGGGAAACAUUGUUAUCGGAGUACAAACCGCAGAGAUCAGUGCAAUCUUUCACUCGCUGUCGUGGUACAAAUUUUGAUAUAAAGGAGCAUGAAUUAUAAACUGUUGCAGUUAUUCACUUCUAUAGCUCUCAGAAAGCGAUUGACUCUUGAUUGCCGCAGAAUGAAAGUGACCAUUUUAAUUAUUAUCUGUGUACUUUGUGCAAUGCACCACCAUGAGGCAACGAAGGUGUCCAACAACUGCUCCAACUGUCCUGUCUAUUCGAGUGACAGUUUUGGCUACGAAGUUCUCAUUGGAAAGCUGGAGCAUCUUGAGGCUAAAUUGGAUGAAAGAUUUACCAGAUUAGAAAAAGUUGUGGAUCACAAUUUGACAACCGUGAUGGAUCGUUCGUCAGAAAUUUUACAGAUUUGCCAGAGUAGUGCCAGUAGUAGUUUAGUAUUCAAAUCUUGCGCCGAAAAUCCUUCAUAUGUAUCAGGAAAGUACAAGGUACGUCCAUUGAGUUUCGAGGAACCAUUCGAGGCGUAUUGCGAACAGGAAGCAUUUGACGGAGGAUGGAUUGUCGUGCAGUAUCGCUUUGAUGGAUCAGUUAACUUUCACCGGAAUUGGACUGAAUACCGGAACGGAUUCGGAAGUCUAGAUGGAGAAUUUUGGAUUGGGUUGGAGAAACUCCAUCGUCUUACAAAAGGUGGUGACCACCAGCUGCUUGUAGAGUUGAAAGAUUUCAAUGGGAAUUACAAAUUCGCACGAUACGAAGAGUUUGUGAUUGGGACUGAAGGUGAGAAAUAUGCAUUGAAGAAGCUGGGAAAUUACAGUGGAACCGCCGGAGACUCAUUAGGAUAUCAUAAAAGCAAACCAUUUUCAACAGAAGAUAAUGAUAAUGAUGAUGCUGAUGGCGGAAAUUGCGCUAAAAAAUAUAAAUGCGGAUGGUGGUUCAUGGAGUGUUAUUACUGUAACCUCAAUGGAUUAUACAAGAGUGUUAAUGAUACACUUGGUCUCACCUGGUAUCGCUUCAAUAAAAGUUACAAUGUAUUAGCUUAUUCUCGAGUUAUGGUUCGUAAAACUAAAAAAAUGUGAGACCUGUCCGUCACUGCAUAUAUAAAUACAGCAUUUCAACUGCCGUACUGAUAUGACUGUUGCUGUUUGCCUCUCAAAUAGAACAAAAAUACAAAACAGAAAUACAGCUGUAGCUCCGCAAUGGAUCGGUAAAAUAGGCAAAAAAAAUAUCUGAAAACUUUUUGAUGUGUGUUUAUUAUUUUUACCGAAUUUCAUUAAAAACGAUACAUUACUUUUAACUGUAGCUCAAGCUCAAAAAGACGUGCAUUCAGGCAUAUUGUACAAUCAUGAUCAUUUUUCAUUUGCGUAACGGUUGAUUCUUUUCCACUACAAUCUACAAUCCGCUACAAUAAAAACGGACGGGAAAGUAAGUAAAACUUGGCAAAAAUACAUUAAAAAGACUGACAGUUAAUUAUUUGUAGCUAGAACAUCGAAUGACGGUUGAAAGAUUGAAAAAUCUACAUGACGAAAAAACGACCAAAAACUCGGUAAUGUGUUAAUUGUUUGUAAAGUGUCUUGUAAAACGAAACUAAUUAUAAUGUUCCGAAUAAAUACAGAUUCCUUGAAAAAGAUCCGGUACGGAUCGAAACGUCGGAGUAAGAGAACAUAAGAUGUUUUUGAUCUCACAAUCGGACUGAAAAGCCAAGAAAUUCUCCAAAGCUACAAUCUAAAUUACAGUGAAUUAAAUGAUGAAAUUUCGUAAGUAGCUAUGAUACACAUGCAGACACUUUCUUGCAAAAUUCCAUCAAUUUUGAUCAGUGUUGAUGUGGUUGAGAAUUUGUAUUUUUCAUAUACCAUAUGCCUUUCCAUAACUAGCGUGUCGUGGUUGCUGAUAGCAAUUCAUUUAAUUCAAGAUUGUUUCAUUACAUUCCAGACUACUGUGAUCAUUAAUAAACCAUUCCAAAAAAUAAACAUAGUACAGUAUAUUUUUUUGCGUAAAUUGAGAACACAAAUAAUGUGGAAAGAAUGUGCAUUUAUUGGGCUUUGAAUUCAUAAACAAAAACGUAACAUUAAAAACGUUGUUUCUCUGGCAAAUUUUUGUCUUCUACAACAAAAGUGAAAGCCAGGUCUACUCUUUCCUCGACCCACCAAACAACAUACCCAUGGUUGCCAAACCCUUCAUCUCUCCGAAGCCAGCAAGAAGGUACUGCUUCAGAGAGAGGCUAGUGCGCAUCGCACCCUCAAGGUUAGGUGGGUAGCCUGCAGCAACGAACAUCGAUGACUCGCUUUGGGAAGUCCACCAAGGUAGCAUGCUGGCGCUCAGCCAAUUUCCCAAGUAGUCCUUACCACUCCCUUUGUCCUCGGAAGGCGGGCAGGGUCUACCACACGCCCGUUCCAAACUGUUUUGCAGACAUCAUGAACUGAUACCUACGUUCAACCAGAUCUGACCUGCUGAAGGCAAGGGUAUCACUACCCUUCAGGUCCUAUCAGCUGCACCAGAAGGUUGCUGGUAGUAGGGUCUCCACCUGCCCCAGCCCUUACCGUGGAUCCCUUUCCAACCGCGGGCUCGGAUCCUACACAGUAGACCGACACCACGAGAGCAACGCUACCAGGACUUCCUCUCCGCGGUCACUUAAUCGCUGUAAGGGUCGAUUUCGACCGCAGGGCACAGGUAUGACCUACGAAGCCGACUACGAACCCUUGGACCACCUUUUGUACCGCAUCUGAACUAGCCAUUAUUCAAGUCUACGCGUGACUUCCUCUGUAUCUCCAGGGCGAAGUGGGUGAUAGCCGUUGAAACGUCAUUCUAGCCAAACUCAGCCCUACUCAUCCUCUGGACCAAAUUGUCCGGAGUUGUGUCCUCCCCGCAUGUGGCACGCAUGCGGUCACGCAUUGUGCGAAAACGCGGGCACUCGAACAAAACGUGUUCCACCGUUUCCUCUAAACCAUUGCACACUAGGCAUUCGGGUGAAUCCGCAUGCCCGAAACGGUGUAGAUACUGUCGGAAGCAACCGUGAUCGGAAAGGACAUGUGUCAGGUGGAAUGUAACUUCCCCAUGGCGCCUAUCAAUCCAACUAUCUACCCUCGGUAUCAACCUAUGGGUGCACCUUCCUUUGCUGGAAAUGUCCCACGCGCGCUGCUAUAUGCCUCUUGUGCCGCGCAUUUCGAAGCACUACAUGCCCUCACUGAUGAGGAUGCCGAUAGGCACCAUAACAGUAAUGACGCAGAGAGCGUCGUGUAACUCGGUACGGUACGCGCUCACAACCCUCAGACACAUAAGACUGUAAGUACUUUCCAUCUUCCGUCGGUAGCAUUCAGUACUUAGCGCAGUGCUCCACGCUGGGCCUCCAUACCUAAGUAUGGACGUAGCGACACUAGCCAGAAGCUUGCGCUUACUGGUGUACACCGCAGAGCUAUUGAACAUCAUCCGGAGCAGCCGAAGGUAAGCUUAUCGUCGAUCAUCACGCCCAAGUGUUUGACGGAGCGCUUUGACAGGAUAGUGCACUCGCCUACACUGAUCUCCGUCUGCUGCUCCGACUUCCGGUUGUUACCAACCGUCACCUCAGCCUUGUGGAGAGCCAGCUCCAGUUUCUUGGACCGCAUCCACGCCUCCACAACCUCGAUCGAGUGGGUAAUGGACAACUCCACUUCUUCGGCCGUAGACUUCGAGCGUAAUCUCCACUCCCACCGAGAACUCUAAACUCAACACCUCGUCGAACAUGACAUUCCAUAAUACCGGACGCAGGAUGGAACCUUGCAGGACUCCUGAGUUUAUGUGAUAGCACUUCCGAUCCACCUCUGUGUCGUAAACUAGUACUCGAUUCUGGAAGUAACUUCCGACAAUCUCGUACAUUUACCCCAGCAUCCCCAGACACAGGAGCGCAUCGGCAAUAGCAGACCAACUGGCGCUGUUAAACGCGUUCCCCACAUCCAGAGUCACUACUGCACAGUAGCGAAUCCCCUUCUUUUACGCUCGAGUGCUUUCCCGACGGUUUUUGUAACCGUUAGGAUAGCGUCUACGGUCGACCUUCCCUUCCGGAAACCGUACUGGCUACUCGAGAGACCAUUUACACCCGGUGUACCUGAACAUUCUAUUGAGGAUGAUCUUUUUGAGCACCUUCCCCACCGUGGUCUAUAUGCCGACGGGUCUCCGGGUGGCUUUUGGCAAAAGAACCAGGCUUCCAAGGCCUCUUCCAAGCUUCUGAGAAAACUCCCUUGUCCAGGCAUUUCUGCAUAGCAGACCUGAACAUCUCGGGAGCCUCUGCAAUAGCUCCUUUAAAGGCCAGGUUCGGAACUCCGUCCGGGACUAAGAGAAUUUGCUAUCCGCGCAUGUUCCACAUCGGUGACCCUCUCCUCAUCGCCAGUCCCAGUCCCUGGCUGUCCUAUACGAAAGGAGGCCAAGGACUAGGAUUAUGGCGCGGAAAAAGCCCCUCGAUUAUCCUCUCCCACAUCUCUGGAGAUUGCUCUGUAGGAAUCAUUAUACCUCUCAUUUUGGCCAUCACGAUCCAGUAGGCAUCACCCCACGGAUUCGUAUUGGCACUCUGACAGAGACCCUUAAAGCAGGACUUUUUGCUUGCUCAUAUUUCAGUCUUCAGCGCAGCUUUUGCAGCGGCGAACACCAUCUGCCGUUCGUUUCAAUCUUCCUCUGAUCGUGCUCACUGCAUCCGCCGCCUAUCCCGCGCAGGUCCGCAAUCGUGUCGGUCCACCAGUAAGCCGGUGGCCUCCCAUUUCUAGGGUGAACUCGCCUAUACAUGGUCGCAUCACACGCACGUGAGAGCACCGCUACCAGCUCGUCGCCGUCUAAACCGAUUAAGUUUCGCUCACGGCGGAGCGCCUCCCUAAAUACCCCUUCGUCGAAGUAUGACGUCUUCCACCUGACACCUGACAAUCGCCUGACAAAGCAGUUGCUGAGCUGCAUCACAGUGGUUCAGGUUCAGCUGCGUUACCUGCACUGUGAUUUGUUGUUCACUGCGGCUUUCUUGAAGGCCGGGCACCUUGGACCACCCAUCGGAUGUCUGUUGUUAGAGGAUUUUCCGGUACAGAUCAUGCAGAUGGGCGGACUCAUGCAGUUUUGGGCCUUAUGACCUUCCGCACCGCAUCGCCUGCACAGUUUGCGCCUGUCGGGGCCUUUGCAGCUCCACGACUUGUGUCCUGGUUCCAGACACCUGAAGCAAACCUCUGGUGGCUCGUGGAAUGUCAGGUGACAUACACACCAACCCACCUUUAUGCUCCCUACUUUAACGGGCUUUUUGACGUCCGCCACAGGUAGCUGAACCAAAGCUGUCUGUGUCCCUGCUGGCCCUUUCCGUAGCUUAACGGCUGCGGCGACCACCUGCACAUCGCACUGUUGCUGCAGUGCCGUGACGAGCUCUUCCACUUCGGUGAUCUCAUCAUCAAUGUCCUUGACCUUCAGAGUCGCCUCAUGUGUCAGAGCCCUCACUUGCACACCCUCACCAAGGACCUCUUCUGUCAGCCUCUUACUGGCGGCGCCCUUGUGCUCCUUCUGGCGCUUCAGCUCCAGGAUCAUCUCGCCCGUACGAGUACGUCUAAUACUGCGUACGUCGGCUCCAAGACCCUCAAGCUUGGCGUCGCUUCGCAUCAUCUUCAAGACGUCCGAGUACUUGGACUGUUCCGCCUUGAUGACGAUCGCGUCGCCUUUCUCGCGCUUGGCACCUGCCCUCCUACGCCUUGGCUUGGCGUCCUGCGCUACUACCUGCGGAUUCGCCUUCUUCUUCCUCUUCCGCUCUACCUUCGUCCAAGGGGGGUCCUCCCCUUGGAUCGCCCUACUCUGUGGCUGUUGAGGGCCCACCAGCGGUCGCAACCCCUUGUUCCCAUCGUUCCGAGACGGGCCAGCCUUUUCAGGCCCACCCUUCCCAGCUUUCCGGGAACCCUGGCUGGGGUCCGACCUUCCGGCAUUAUUACCGACUUUCGGGGUAAUGAUUCGCCUUGCCUUGCGGGCACCGCCAGACAGCUCCUCGCCUGACGGUUGCCUCGCCCGCUUCUGCGAUUGCUUGCCCUGUUUUUCGCGAGCAGUCACUUCCGCCUUAUUCGGACUUCCUCUCAAUUGCAGGCUCCGCUGCUGCAGCAGUCAGCAACGCGAGUGCCGCGUGCUCUUGCUUGGCAUCGUCGAUCAACGCCCUAAGUCGAAGCAAGGCCGUUUUCAGGUCCUUGCUUAUGUUCGACUUAGUGGACGCAAAGUCGAUGAUUUUGCCAAGCUGCUACUCAGCCACCUCUAUUGCGGACCGUCCUUUGAAUUCUCGGUUGACGGCCCUCAACAACCACGCUCCGUCCAUAACCUCCACCGGCUGGCUUGCCGGGAAGUGGACUGGAGCACCGACGCUUGAGCUGCGUACGCAACUCCCAGCGCCUAUCUCCUUACUUUUCCUUGUCGGAGAUCUCAUCAACCCGCUUCUUGCGAAGGGGUUGAUCCCACCACUACUUCCAUCUUGGUUCUGAUUUGUUUUAUUUGAUUUCAUGAUUAAAUCCCACGAGUAGCACGGGAAAGAAUGUUCACCACACAAGAGCCCUGCAUUAUCGCGGUAAAGGACAGCUAACUGUGGGAGGGGGGGGGGGUGUGUAGGUUUCCAGGUACCCAGGUACCACAGGCUCCGUUAAAGAUCGAGCAUCUUUUUCACCCCCUCGAUCACUCAUUCCUCAGCACGGGUCGCUUGACACCUUGAAUUGGGGUUAGUAGUCCUAUUCUUAGGCGGUGACUACGCGGCUGAACCGGGUGGAUCCGGGUGGAUUUCAUACCUGCCAAAGGCUCUGCCUAUUCCAAACCUUCGGCAACACUCCCUCGAUCAGGCAUUGCGGCAUAGCAGAUCUGGCCUUACUAUGCUAAAGAAUUUUUGCAACCCCUGCAAGUUCCUAAUUGUAACUCUUGCCUCAUGGCCUAUUCAAGUCCCCGGUGAUCCUACGAAAGAAUGCCUAGGACUGGGAGUAUGACGCGGGAAGAGCUUCCCCAUUUGUAGGGCAUGGUAAUGAAACGGCUCCUAUAGAUAAACUAAAUGUGUUCUUGAACAGCGUUUUGAAUAAGCAUAUUGAUCAAGAAUAUUCGGACGUUUACAAACAGUAAUAAAUCAUCAGCUCCGAGAAACAAUUGAACUGACGCGGCUGUUAUGCUCGAGCCAUAGUUUCCAACAGCAACAUUUCAAUAUUCCAUCCAUGAUUGCCCGCCAUCACGUGAAGCCAAUAAAUCAACCUUGAAAAUUGGCACCAUGCCGCAACGUCGAUUCCGAUUGUUGUUGUUUUUUAUGCUUCCUCACGAGCAUCACGAGAUUGCGGUGGUGCAGCUUCGACACAUUCAGGUCAUCGCUUUGGAUGCAUAUAAUUGCCGGAGAGGAGCAUGAUCCCGAGCCGGCUGACGACACGACCUGAUGGCUUUGAUCGUGAACCGACAACCAGGAGAGUUUCAUUUCUUCGACGUAGAGCUGAUCUGCGACAGAAUGCAAUGCAAGGAAUGCAAUUGCUUAAAUCGACCCUUCAACGGAUGAUAAACAAUGGAUAUCUACGAUGAAUGAUCACCACGGCUUGUGUUGCGUUCGAUGAAUAAGUGGAUAGAUGGAUAGCUGGAUGGAUGGCAAGAGUGAAAACCAGGUUAAGUUGCAAUUGAAAGUGAGAGCGAAGUGGUGACGGGAUAUACAAUGGCUGUUGAGCACGGCGCGGAAUAGGAAGGUGCUCAUCGUCUACGAUGUUUCCAGGUCAGUCAAGGGCCCUUAUCGACGGAUGACGCCGAAAACAUGUCUGUCGUUUGGGCGUAUGAAAUGUGUCUAAAAAGGUGAGUUGUUCCGAAGUGCCCAGAGUGCGGGAAUUGGUUAACAUUGACUUCAGCACCAACGUCGCCGGACCUUGACUUCGAAUGUUGCUGGUUCUCCAUGUAAUGGGAGGUGACUCAUCUGAUACUAUCGAUAGCAAAGAAAACAAUCAAUUGAAACCACCCUUCCAACUAAUAAAACAUUAAUUUGCUGUAAAGCUGAGUGAACAUAUGACCAUUUAGAGACGUACGUAUAUCACAAACCAUUGAGCCAUAAACUAGAGGGCUUUGAUUUAUUCUUUUGUAAUAUGCACACUCAUUCACAACAAAGUCUCAGGUCUGGUAGUCAAAUGUACCUCAACCCCACCUCUGCUGUAACCGUAGUGAUUGAACCUUCUAAAGUAGCAAGUAUCAUAGCAGGUAUACUAUACCUGGUAUAGGUAGAAACGCGUGGUGACGAUGUCUGAGAGCUGUCUAAUCGCAACGCGUUCGGAUGGCUGGCUGCGUGCGUGGUUUGCUUGUGGAACUUAUUAGCAUUCAACAAACAAAUUAACCAUUUGCUAGCUCAUUUGAGGGUUUCGUCAUUUCAUUGCGCGUUCAGUUCGUUCUACCAGCAAGCAGUUCUUGUGCUUCUUGUUGGUUUCGUUCCGACUUGAUGGUGUUGUUUUAUUUGAUGUAUCCGCCUCGGAUUUGGAUUUCUUUGCAUUGGCCUACCAGAUCAAGCGUGACCAGCAGCCAGCGGGGCGGGAAAAUGGUGAGCAACAGCAACCGCGUGGGAGUAAUGUACUGUGACCGGCAGAUCGAAAGGUAGGCUUCGAAAUGGUUUGUAAGAGAUAGUGCCUGUCAUGAAUGUUCGGUGUUGCAUUGCAACUUAUUCUGAGCAAAUUUGGUUUUGAUGGAUAGUCCACUAUUUACAGAAGAUUGAUUAUUGCUCUGAAUAGCUUGAAUAAGAUUUUGGACAUAUGUAUUCAAAAUGGAUUCGCACUCUGUUGUAAUUAUUUCAACUCAUAACAUGUGACGCAGCAUUCAUUAAGUAAAAAAAAAUACUACGCCGUCUUAAACCAGAUGUUGCACAGACUAAACCGAUCACUUACAUGAGACAAUGGACAGCACACGAAACACCCAGUGCAGUGGUCCAGUGGAGAAUUUUCCGUUUGACGAAAAGUUUUCACCGACUGGUGCAGGAAUCGAACCCACACUCCGAGGCUUACGAAAAGACCAGACGAUUGACGCCCCUAACCGUACGGCCACGAAGCCCACGAAAUUUUGAAUCCUUUUCUAUCAACAAGCAACAAUUGACCAUCGACCUCUAUAAAUAAACCAGUUUCCUAUGACGGCUCCUCGAAAACCCAUAUCGACACAACAAACUUAGUGUUGACAUUGAAUCCGAUCAUCUCCUAAUUUGCGAUAUCUUGCUGUGCAGCGCCAGGGUCUAUCGACAGGAGAAAAUCGGACGUUGCAUUGAAACACGCUGACUUGAAAACGCAGUAGUAAAUAGAUCAUUUUUAGAGGAGCCGAAGAGUUUGAGAGGAAAUAUGGAUCAUAGAUUGAACCAUCGUCAUCAUCAAUGUGAUGUAAAUAAGGUGAAGCGAUCGUUUCGUAAUACACUAAAGUUUGCUUGUGUUAGUCCACAGUUUGCCGUCCUUCAUAGUAACCUAACCCACAUUGACAACGAACUGACGUCAUUAAGUUUGUUAUCAAAUUUUCACGAAAUGGCGUCACUCUUAAAAUGAUGAAACAUAAUUCACACAAAAGUGUAAACAUAGUUUUUAUUUUAUAUGUACACGGCUUAUACUUGUUGUAACUGACAUAACCUUUUUAUUUUCAAUAAUGCUUUCAUAAAACACUGUUGGAGGUUCCAAUAAAUGUCGUAAUACAUCUUCAAUACUGAAAAUAAGACGACCGAGCAAACCCGUAGUCGGAUUAAGCUUUGUGCCAAUUAUUUCAAAUUUCAAUUGUCACUCCGCUUCAGUUUCCAAGGAAGACCUUACAACUGCUGCAACCUGCAAUGACUCAGCUAGUAUUUAUCAAGUGUCGGACACGCCACCAACAACUUGGCAUCAUUCAUAUAGAGUUGGAUGUAUUAUCCGCGUUAACACUGCAGUUCCAUCAUUGCAGGAGAUAGAAGCAGCCACUCGCUACAUAAAUUCAAACAGAACCCCAAGAGCCAAUUCGCAUAUUAGUCGCUUCAAGUUGACUCUGUUGUACUGCAGUUGCUCAACUACCCGGGUAGAAGAAUAUAACUAACGAAGAUCAAAUUUUGCCAUUAAACAUGAAUAGCUGAAUGGCAAAAUUUGUUAUUGGUCUGUUGGGAAUAAGAGCUAAAAGAACAAAAAUAAUAACUGACUUUGUACCGGAAAAUAACUCAAUAAUAACUAAUUUUGCCCUCAUAAGAACAAACCAAGGACAACAUAUCGACACUGAUUCUUCAUUUGGGCCUAACUGACAUUUUCGAGUUCUCUUCAUCGAUCCUCUCUUUGUGUUAUCACAGAAUGUGUAUUGAGUUUUCCAAAGAUUCUUUGGUUGAAAUGCGAAGAAGACGACUACAUGUUGCUAUAGAAACAAAAAGAAUAAUGAUUUUGUUUGUUUUGAUCAAGUUAUUAGCGAAAGAGAGAGCCGACGAAGAGAAAUCGAUCAAGUCAGUUAGGCCCUUUUGAAAAAUCAUUGUCGAUAUUUUCAAAAUGGAGAAUAACUGAAUAAGUUAUUAUUGAGUUAUUUAGAA